GCCACUGUGUAUCUGAUGCUGUGAAAGGGUUGUGGGCAUCACUUUAAGCAGCGCCCCAUUGUGUAUAUAUGCAUAGGUGGCAUCAAACAGAACUACAUGUUUGCUCACGGUGCGACAAAACAAAGACAGAAUACAUCCGCGGCAAGUUAACUUCUCUGAUGACACAUUUUGCAGUCAGGACAAAACACGGCCAAAUGUUGGGGAGAAAGAGGACCACAGGAUACCCAGCAUGCCAUGUGGACGGUACUACAUGGGUGUUAGUUUGAGUAUUUAUUUGCAUGGUCGCAUGGUGCAGUAGAUACAUGAGGUUCCUUUGUUGGCGUGUGGUGUUUUUGCUACAGAUUGCAUCUGACUAUUUUAGCACUGCGAGUCGCCAUGUUUAAUGUUUAACUGGCCCGCCUCUGUGGAAGGAAGAAGGACGUCUGUCUCGGAUUUGGCCAGGACACAUGAGGACAACUUGGCAUAUAAGACGUGUGAGACUUGACAAGACGUCAGAAGAAGUGCGUGUUCUCAUCAUGGAGGAAUUUCCACCUUUGGGCCCUGGGUGUAAUCGCAGUGACCUGGCCCAGCCGCUGAUAAGCCAAGAGAGGAAAUCAAUACGGGGAAAAUCCAGGCUCACCGCUCAGCCGCUAUGAAAGACGACAUGGAGGUCGGGGAUGAGAAGGACUGGACGCAGCUGGAACCUAACGACUCGAUCAAAAUCGUCUUGACUGUUUUGUACAGUCUCAUCCUGGUGACGGGAAUCCUGGGUAAUUCUGUAACGAUCAGAGUAGUGCGAGUGCUGAAGCAAAACGGGUACCUGCAGAAGAGGGUGACGGCGCACAUGGUGAGCCUGGCGUGCUCCGACUUGUUGGUUCUCGUCAUCGGGAUGCCGGUGGAGCUCUACAGCGCCAUAUGGUUCCCCUUCACGUCAGCAUCAGGCAACGCCGCGUGUAAGAUCUAUAACUUUAUAUUUGAGGCGUGCAGCUACGCCACCAUCUUGAAUGUGGCGACUCUCAGUUUCGAGCGCUACGUUGCCAUCUGCCACCCGUUUGGUUUCAAAGCCCUGGGUUGGGCACGCACAUCGGCUCUCAUCGCCUUUGUUUGGCUGGCGUCCGUGCUCGUGGCGCUGCCGUUGCUGGUUGCUACGGGAACACAAGGCCACAUUCCUUCUUGGGCGGAUACGCCCGUUCAGAACCUGACCUUCUGCACAAACCUGAGGGAGCGCUGGGUCAUGUACCGUACCAGCAUCUUUGUGGCUUUUGUCGUGUACGUCGUGGUUUUGGCCUCCGUGUCCUUCAUGUGUCGCGCCAUGAUCCUGGUUCUGCGGAGACCUGUGGGUUGUCUACACGGUGGCGUCAGCGGAACCCAAACAGCAUCCAAGCACGAACAUUCAAGGUUCAAGAUGGCCAGAAAGCAGAGCAUCAUAUUUCUUGGCCUGAUUGUGGGGUCCUUGAUGGUGUGCUGGUUUCCCAAUCAGAUCCGUCGUCUCAUGAUGGCCGCUGUGCCCAAAUCCCGCUGGACUACAGCCUACUUUUGGAGCUACGUCACCCUCCAUCCGGUGGCCGACACCUUCUUUUAUCUCAGCUCAGUCCUCAACCCGUUCCUCUACAACGUGUCUUCCAAGCAGUUCAGGGAGGUCUUUGUUCAGGUGCUGCGGUGUCGCCUCACGAUAGAACACGUCAACAAACGAACCAUGCGGAACACCCGCGUCCCAUCUGCGCCUUCCCAGAAGCCUCUGCUGUUGAAGUCCUUGCGUGGCAGCAGGAAGCCAAAAGAGACAUACCAGGACCAAAGUGACUCAGGAGCACAUUUAGAUGUUCCAUCAUCCCCAAAAGAGUUAGCCCAGGCUCUCACAACAAAGACAAAUGUGCCGUCCGGAAUGGAAUAAAGUAUUCCCUUUUAUACUUCUAUGGAGCGGUAAAAGAAGUAAGGGAUCCACAGUCGGAGUCACACCAACUACCCUCAUAUGUCCUCCUUCACUACAUCCAUAAACCUCCUCUUUGGUCUUCCUCUACGCCUCCUUCCUGGCAGCAUCCUUUUACCAAUAUAUUCACUAUGUCUCCUCUGGACAUGUCCCAGCCAUCUCAGUCUGGCCUCUCUGACUGUAUCUCCAAGGCCUCUAACAUGUAAUGUCCCUCUGAUGUACUCGUUCCUGAUCCUAUCCAUCCUGGUCACUCCCAAUGAGAACCUCAGCAUCCUCAUCUCUGCUACCUCCAGUUCUGCUUCCUGUCUUUUCCUCAGUGGCACUGUCACUGACCAAACAACAUGGCUGGUCUCACCGCAGUUUUGUAUACCUUUCUGGUACCUUUCAUUUAGUGGUGAUAGCAUAGAGUUAACUACUGCAGACACCAUGUCUUUCUUUUGCACAUGAAUAAAAAGAUGUAUUUAUUGACCAAGGACAUGUGCUAGCAAUAUGACAACACGGUGACGGCGUGGAAGUCAGGCAUGUCCAACUAACAUGUCCAACAGUACAUCAACAGUGUCUCUGCAUGUGUCUUUUCAAAGAGGAAUUCCAAGAAAAUGUGUCGCCACAAUUUGAGCAACUAAACGGUUUUUCUCCUGUGUGUGUCCUCAUGUGCGCUUGCAUGUGUGUCUUUCGAGUGAAGUGUUGACCACAGUCUGGGCAAUGAAAAGGUCUUUCUCCUGUGUGUAUUCUCUUGUGCGAUUGCAUGGUUGUCCUGUGAAUGAAACGUUUACCGCAGUCGAGGCAAUGAAAUGGUGGCGGGAAUAACACUAAAAGGACUACUGAACGUCAGGGUUGAGACCAUUAGUGAGGGUGUAGGGGGAGGGAGUGUGGAAGUAGUGAGACUGUGACCGCAGCUAAACUGAAGGGGGGCGUUAAUGCACCAAAGUAAUGGAUGCCAACCGCCAUAAAACCGUGGAAGAAGAAGAAGAAGAAGAAGAAGAAGACAUCUCCUGGAAACCGGUACUCGGAAAAGCCGUGCACACACAGAGAACGUCGAGUCUGUACAUGUGUCAAUCACUGACAGCAAAACAACAUCAGCAAAAACAACAGUGCUCAUUGUCUUGAAGAUACACACAGGGAUGCCGCGGCUGAAAUGAGGCAACCCUCAAGGACCACCACUCGGUAUCUGCCAAGAGGCCCUUGUAAAGACAUCCAGCAGUUGAUUGGUCGUCAUGAAGACUGUCCCCCUCAGCCACAUGGUGGGAGCUCCACUUUGGAGCAAACAACACUAAAGCCUUUUAAAGAGGAAGAGGAAGAGCCACAAUCUCCCUAUGUUAAAGCAGAAGAAGAGGAGCCACAUCCCGUCCACCUUAAAGAGGGAGAGGCCCAGCCUCUCUAUGUUAAAGAAGAAGAGGAAGAACUGUCCAUCACUCGGGAGGGAGAGCAUCUUCUAGGGCCAGAGGAGGCCGAGAGGGACGACAACCAAGAAUCGCCGAGCAGUGGCACAGACUGCGAUAAGACGACUCACACCGGCAUCAAACACUCUGAAAGCUCUGAAAAGACGACGAGUAAACCAUUUAAGUGCUCAGUUUGUGAGAAAAGAUUUUCUUGUAAGGGUAAUUUGACUCAACACAUGAGAACGCACACUGGAGAAAAACCUUUUCGUUGCUCAGACUGUGGUAAACGCUUCACUCAAAAGAUACACAUGCAGUCACACAUGAUAACGCACACAGGAGAAAAACCUUUUCAUUGCCUCGACUGCGGUAAACGUUUCAUUCACAGGACAACCAUGCAAUCGCACAAGAGAAUACACACUGGGGAAAGACCUUUUCAUUGCCCGGACUGCGGUCAACACUUCACUCGAAAGACACACAUGCAAGCGCACAUGAGGACACACACAGGAGAAAAACCGUUCAGUUGCUCAUACUGUGGCAAACACUUCAAUCGAAAGACAAACAUGAAGUCGCACAUGAGAAUGCACACAGGAGAAAAACCGUUUAGUUGCUCAAAUUGUGGUGAAACAUUUUCUUGGAAUUCCUCUUUGAAAAGACACAUGCAGAGACACUGUUGAUGUACUGUUGGACAUGUUAGUUGGACAUGCCUGACUUCCAUGCCGUUACCGUGUUGUCAUAUUGCUAGCACGUAUCCUUGGUCAAUAAAUACAUCUUUUUAUUCAUGUGCAAAAGAAAGACAUGGUGUCUGCAGUAGUUGAUGGUGUUUUAGUCGACUGUAUGCUAUCAUCACUAAAUGCUGUAACUGAUGGUCACUUCCUGUCCCAUUACUACCAUAGUAUUUUUAUUUUAUAGUUACUUUUUUCACUGUUGAUUUGAUUUUGCUCAAACAAUCAUAUGCAGUAAAACAGGAAUCAUAUUAUUGUGUUGAUAUGAUUGACAUAUUGAUGAAAUGUUCACAAAUAAGUAUGUUGAUGAAAAUACUUUUUGUUUUCCAAAAUAUUUUGUCAGGUAUUUAAUCCUGAUUAUACGCACGGUGCAUAUUGUUUGUAGAGAUUGUAUAUUACUACUGGAUGCAUUCUGUUUUUCCGGACAUUGAAUGCAGCACCUAAUAAAGUUUUACCAUGUA